AUGUGUACGGCGUACUUCAGACGAUGGGGAUUUGAUCCCAAGGCGGAUAAAUGCAUACAAUUCGUCUAUGGAGGAUGUGGUGGAAAUAAAAAUAACUUUGACACAAGGGAAGUAUGUGAACAGAGGUGUGCUAGUAAGUAG